AUGGCGCUGAGGACAGUGUGUCGCGUCUUGGCUCAACCUCAGAGAUUUGCAAUUCUGUCCUUCGCCCGAGCUCAGGGAACUGCAGCAUCUGUUAAAUGGGAUGCAGAGAAAGCUGAGAAGUCAAAAGCCCCUAAAGUCGAGUUCAACUGGCGUGAUGCUCUGGACUUGGAAGGCCUCCUGACCGAGGAGGAGGUCCUGAUCAGAGACUCUUUCAGAACCUACUGCCAAGAUAAACUGAUGCCUCGCAUCAUUUUAGCAAACAGAAAUGAAGUGUUCCACAGAGAAAUCGUGUCUGAGAUGGGGGAGAUGGGCGUCCUGGGUCCAACCAUUAAAGGUUAUGGCUGUGCUGGGACAAGCUACGUGGCCUAUGGUUUGAUCGCUAGAGAAGUAGAGAGUGUGGACAGCGGCUACCGUUCAGUCAUGAGUGUGCAGUCGUCGCUGGUCAUGCAUCCCAUUAAUGCCUAUGGCACUGAGGAGCAGAAGCAGAAGUACCUGCCCAAGCUGGCUCGUGGAGAGAUCCUAGGUUGUUUUGGCCUGACAGAGCCAAAUCACGGCAGUGACCCAAGCAGCAUGGAGACGAGAGCAAAGUACAACCCGUCCAGCCGCACCUACUCCCUUACUGGCUCCAAGACAUGGAUCACCAACUCCCCCGUGGCGGACAUCGCAGUGGUGUGGGCAAAAUGUGAUGACGGGAAGAUUCGCGGCUUUAUCUUAGAGCGAGGCAUGAAAGGCCUGUCCACUCCUAAGAUUGAGGGCAAGUUUUCACUGAGAGCAUCCGCCACUGGCAUGAUCCUCAUGGAUGAGGUGGAGGUUCCCGAGGAGAAUCUGCUUCCCUAUGUGUCUGGCCUAAAGGGUCCAUUUGGCUGCUUGAACAAUGCUCGUUAUGGCAUCGCUUGGGGUACACUGGGAGCUGCAGAGUUCUGUUUCCACACAGCUCGUCAGUACACACUUGACAGGAUCCAGUUUGGAGUACCACUUGCACGGAACCAGCUAAUGCAGAAAAAAAUGGCUGACAUGCUGACAGAGAUCACCCUUGGACUGCAGUCCUGUCUGCAGCUGGGAAGACUCAUCGAUGAGAAAAAAGCGGCUCCAGAAAUGAUCUCCAUGCUGAAGAGGAACAGUUGCGGUAAAGCCCUGGACAUUGCGAGACAGGCCAGAGACAUGCUGGGAGGAAACGGCAUUGCAGACGAGUACCACAUCAUCCGCCAUGUCAUGAACUUAGAGGCCGUCAACACUUAUGAAGGUACACACGACAUCCACGCAUUGAUCUUGGGUAGAGCAAUCACUGGACUACAAUCCUUCACUGUGGACAAAUGA